AGUGCAUCCCCAUACCACACCACGCCCUGGCUUCCGACUCUCCAUGGUGCCGUAGGGAGAAGCUUCGUGUUGACACCAGUCUCUCUGACGAUGUUUGCCGCCUGUAGAUCACGGAAAUAGUGAUGUCGUACCCAUACCAGAAUCAGUAUCCCAAUAAUGGCAAUCAGUACUAUCCGCCGCAGUACCCUCAACCGCAACCUGGACAGUAUAUGAGUUCGGUUUCGACGAAUCAGCCCCAGGCCCCUCCGACGUACCAAGCACCCCCACCGCAAUACCCUCAGCCCAACUACGCGUUACAUGGAAACCCUAGAGCUUACUUCAACAACCAGAACCCCCAACCAUAUAUACAAGCUCGGCCUCAACCGCAGCAGCAACCAUACGGGCAGCAAGUACCAGGACCGCGUUCUAUUACCUCGACGGCGGCGCUACCGCACCAACAGCAGCAGCAGCAGCAGCCUCCUCCGCCUCAGAGACCCUCAUCAGGAACACAGAGACCAGCGUCUGGACAUCAUGGGCCGCCUCCUACAGCCCCGAGAACCCCGAAUCCCUCCCUGAAAGCUUCGACCCAUUUGACAUCUUCACAGCCUCCUCAAAGUGCACCUGCAGCAACAGAUCAGCCAUCAUCUUCUUUUGCCCCGGUGGCACAUAGGCCUACAAACUACCAAACGCUUUUAUUGUCUCUUGCAGAACAUUAUGUUGAAGCUGCCCACCAGCUUGGGCCUAUGGCUGCUCUGCCGGGAAAUGCUGAGGAUCUGAAGAGAUAUCGCAAAUUGAUGGCGACGGCGCUGGGAUGUUUUCAAGCAGUGUUAAAGACGUGGAAAUUCGCGCCGCGUGAUGAGGCCCUGGUACGAUUACGCUAUGCUGUACUACUAUCAGAGGAAACAGUAAAUCAGCAUGAGGUGGAGGAGGUGCUGAGCAAAGGCAUACAAGUAUGCGACAGAAACAAGAUAUACGAUUUGAAGUACAGCAUGCAACAUCUGGUAGCACGAGAGCUGUUUAAGACGAACCCACGCGCUGCGCUGAAAACGAUCGACAAGAUCCUGCCAGAGGUUGAAGCAGAGCAACACACACCGUGGGUAUACGCCUUCAGCUUCUUGAGGGUGACCUUAGCUCUCCAAUAUCCCUCGCAGAUGGAGGUGUCGUCUACAGUACAAACACUACGAAACAUUUCUAAUCUAGCAGAAGACAAAGCCGAUAUAUCCGUAUACACGACCUGCAAGGCCUUGGAGGCAUUGAUCCAUCUCCGAAGCACUAACCUAGACAACCUCUUGGCAACGCGCGAGGCCAUCGCGGACGCUCGUGCCAAACAGCUAGCGAUCAAAGGUCAGGAUCUGUCCCCGGUGAUAGCAAUGCUCGACAUGGUUGAUCUCGCGACUUGUCUGCGCUCGGGCGAUUUUGGGCAACUUCCCGAGAAACUGAGCAACCUGCAUAACUCGCUUGAUGAGCGGCUCCAUGCGAGUAGCUCGAUGCAAGACAACACGUUCUCCGUGCUCAUUGAUCAAGGGGCUGGGGGCAAGUUGACGACAAGCACGAGCGGAAUCUUCCGGAGGUCCUCGGACGGCCGCGAUAUGCUCGUGUUUUCAUGGCUCGCACGGGGUGAUUUGUCGGCGUUGGGGUACUUUCUGAGUGGCAUUACGACCUUUAUGAAGCAGAGCGAGUCCUUUACGAAGCCUGAGAAGUAUCUCCGCGAGGCACUCAAGCAGAUGCGGUUGUCGAGACAAGACAAGACCGGCCAGACGUCCAUCCCCGAGACAGAGAAACGAAUCGGAUGGCAGGCAAGCCUCGAAUGGUUCAUCCAGCUCCAGCUCGCGUUCAUCUCCUGCACCCACAGGGACUGGCACGGCGCGCAGAAGACGCUAACACACCUCAAAGACACCCUCUCCGACGUCUCCACCCAAAACACCGAGCUCCCCCUCCAAUUCGUAACAUACCUGACCGGCAUGACAGAACAAGGCCUCGGCAACCUCGACGAAGCCCUCACAAUCUACCAAUCCCCCUGCCUCACCCUCCCGGACGAAUCCAAAUCCCGCCCCGGCGACCCCGCCAGCGACCUCCGCAUCCUCUCCUCCAUCGCCCAACUCUUCAUCCUCCAACACCCCGCCCACCCCCACAACUCCCUCUGCCCCAUCCUCCUCGCCGCCCUCCAGCCCCUCUGCAAACACCACCCAAACCUCAACAUCCGCGCCGCCUUCGGCCUCGUCUCCGCCUUUGCCACCCAGCCCCCCAGCGUCGUCCACUCGAAAGACUGCAUCCACAAAGCCCUCAUCGCAACAAAGGCCUCGGGCAACGCCCAGCUGCUCGCCGUCCUCUUCACCGCCAUGGCAGAUCGCUUCUUCAGAGGUACGGCCGGCGAUCAGAGCUCAAAGGGCGCGAAGAGUGCGCGCAUUACGACGGCGCGUUGGGGUGAUCCGCUGUGGAAGUGUCUUGGUGCGCAUCUUGCGUGCGACGAUUAUGUGUUUAGGGGGAAGGCGGUGGAGGCGGAGGCGGCGAGGCGGGAGAUGGCGGCGUUGUUGCCCGGGUUGCCGGAGGGGUUGAAGGGGGGGUUGCUCGGACAUGGGGUGGGUGGGUGA